GUACUGUAUGUACAUAUUCACGCACACCUGAGUGAAUUAUCAUCACUUCAUCAGUUUUUGACGUUCGUUCAAAGAAGAAACUUUACCAACUUCUAAUGAACAAUAUAAAAAUAACUUGCUCCUUUUUGAUUACGACAACGAACAUUAAUGUUUUAGUGUUAGAAUAAGUUGUGUUAGUUUUGAAGUGGCAAAGUUCGCGACAUAACCUUACGCGAUUCUAGGAAGCGCGUUUGCUGCGAUCGAGACGAAACGCGAGACCUUGAUAUCUAGUUCCUUGGACGACCGACAGCGAAGAGACAGUUAUUAUAGGAUCGUUCAUGCCUGAGGAGGUAUGUUAUUAGUUUACAAUUUGUGAAGUCGAAUUUGUGAGUUCUUACCGAAUUUUUGGUAAAUAAUCUUAAUUAUUGAAAUAGUGACGUGCUGUGUGUUUUCAUUAGAAAGCUUUGACACUGGGAAGUGUGAAAUCUGCUUGUUAUGAUGAAGUUAAAACUAUGUGCGUUUUGAUACUGUUGUGUGCGGAAAGACCGCUGUGAGGUGUCCACCGCGGAGACAUUUUAUGUAUUGCCAUGGACAUCGGCGGAGAGAGCGUGCUGCCCACCGGUGUCGUAGAGCAAAAUGAUGCUGAAGGCGCCAACCUGAGUGAUGUUUUCGACGUAAUUUCGCAAUACGAACCGUCGUUCGGCGCGGGCGCGGCCGCACUGUCAGCGGACAACAUGUCGCGGCCGCCCGCGCCCGCUCCCGCUCCCGCUGCCGGCCCAUACACCAAGAUCGUUGAGCAGCCCGCCGGGAAGGCACUCAGAUUCCGGUACGAAUGCGAGGGCCGGUCAGCUGGUUCGAUCCCGGGUGUGAACAGCACGCCCGAGAACCGGACGUACCCAACGAUUAAGAUCUGCGGCUAUCGAGGACGGGUGGUCAUCGUUGUCUCCUGCGUUACCAAGGAGGAGCCCUACAAACCCCACCCACACAACCUGGUCGGGCGCGACUGCCUCCGGGGCGUGUGCACGGUGCGGGAGACCAUCGACAGCGACUCCUGUCAGGUGCAGUUCAAAAAUCUGGGCAUCCAGUGCAUCAAGCGGCGCGACAUCGCCGAGGCGCUCAGGGUCCGGGAGGAGCUGCGGGUGGAUCCCUUCAGAACUCGCUAUGCCCACAGAAACCAGCCCCAGAGCAUCGAUCUCAAUGCAGUCCGGCUCUGCUUCCAAGUGUUCAUGACCGAUGAUACGGGGAAAGUCAAGCAGACCCUCACGCCGGUAGUCUCUGAUGUGAUAUACGACAAGAAAGCGAUGAGUGAACUCCAGAUCGCCCAGAUCAGCCACUGUUCUGGGCCUGCCAAGGGCGGCACCAGGGUCAUACUGCUCUGUGAGAAGGUGAACCGCGAGGACACGGCGGUGGUGUUCUUCCAGGAGGAGAACAAGCGCGUGGUGUGGGAGGAGCGCGCGCACAUCGAGGCCGUGCACAAGCUCGUGGCCAUCGUGUUCCACACGCCGCCCUACCGCCACCCCGACACCGCCGACCACGUCACCGUGCAACUGCAGCUGCAGCGGCUGACGGACAACGCGCGCAGCAGCCCCGUGAGCUUCGAGUACAUCCCGGCGCGGCUGUGUCCCCCAGGUGCCCGCAAGCCGCUGCCCGACCUCGGCCUCCUCGCGCGCCUCCUCGAUAGGCCGCAGCUCGCGCAGCCCAUGACGCAACCCGCGACCGACGGACCCGACACCAACAACAACAAACCUUUACUCGACAACGACACCGCCCUCGUCAGCUCCACCAGCGACUCCCUCGACGCGUCCGAGGGCUCCGCCGCGAUCGCGGACAUCAACGGCAACAUUGAGGACCUCUCGGAGCCCAUGGAGGUGGUCCCGGACGCGAACGAGAAGAGCCUCGACGACCUCCUCGACCAGGUCGCGGAGCUCGACGAGAUCUACUCGGAAAACCGGACGCGGCUCGAGAACGUGUCGUCGCUGAACAACGAGCACGACACCGACCUCGAGGACUUCAACGACGCCGGCACCUACACGAGCCUCCAGCUCGCGUUCAAAAACCCGGUGCCCAUCACCGAGCCCGAGUACUUGCCGUACGAGGACGUGCAGGUGCAGUCGUACCGCGGCCCUACCAUAGAGUUCUCCCCGCUGAAGCGCGAGCCGGAAGCGGAGCGUGCGCCGCCGCUGCCGCCCAAGCGCGUGCGCAAGCCCGCCACGGAACCAUUCAAAACGAGCCAGACCUCCGUCGACGGCAUCCUAAAGCCGGGCCGGCAGCUGCCCGUCACGCGCAACCCGGACAUCGUAAAGCGCGAUCGUACGGAGCUGUCGGUGGCUCGCAGCGAGCCGGCGCUGCCGCCGGUGAAGAAGCGCUCGUUCUUCUCGCGGCUGUUCCGGCGGAAGGAGAAAUCUCCCGCGCCCAGCGUCCGUUCCGAGGGCGCGAAGGAGAAGAAGUCGAAGCCGGUCGGCCGCUCGGUCAGCAGCGUGUCCGGCGUGCGGCCGACCAAGUUCAAGUCGGCCGUGUCGCACACCUCGCUCAAAGACAACGCGUCCGGCACCGGCCUCAGCUACGCGGACAGCGUCACGCACAUAUCCCUUCACGGGGACGACAAUGAGAGGUCUGCCUCCGCCUCGUCGCUGCGACGCCCGGCUAGUUUGGCUCCGCUGCCGCCGACAGAUGGCGACACUAUCUUGGUAGCCGAGAGUGUACUGGCGCUGGAUGCGUCCGCCUUCAAGAAACUCCAGGAUGACUUGGAUCUGACGGAGGCGGAGCACUACGCUCUGUACAUGGCGGUGGCGCCGCACGCGACCGUGUCCGAGUUCGACGAGACGAGUUGCUACUACUCGCCGAUAGAUGGCAGCAAAUAUCAAAACCAAUGAUCGCUCGAGCUUCCGAGGGUUUCGCACGGAUAGCACUAAAUCGAGGAAACAUAAACAAAAUCGCGACGAAAAAUCGUAUACUUAUAUUGUUGACCUUAAAUUUUCUAGUCGUGAAUAUUUUUUAACUCAUAUUUUCUUUCAGUACUUAAUAAUCUAGACAUUUUACGCGAUUAUAUUAAUACAUAAAAAUUAUAAAGAUACAAAAAAGGUACUGAAUUUAUUAAUACGCGAAAAUCGAAAAUAAUCGACGAAUUUCUACCUGUAAACCGUUUCCUGCCGUUUCUAUGCCAAAUAUAGUCUUACAUUUUAUAGCAAAAUGUCGAGUAAAGGUUUGGUGAGUGUUUUCUAUUAAUAAUGAGCUUGUAUACCUUAUAUUUAAUGUACUUGUACAAUGUCCUUAUCGUACCAACGAAUAUAUCGAACAAAUGUACACUAUAAAAGAAAUAGAUUAUUACAGUAGAAUCUCGAUUAUCCGAAUCAGGGAUCUUACAAAUAAAAUCCGGAUAAUCGAUUAUAUAGUCAAAUCAAACAAUAAUUAAAUUUUAAUAUUUUUAUAUUAUUUACAGACUUUUUACAUUUAAACAAUACGAUAUAAAAAAAAGUACGAGCUAUAAAGGUAAUGGAUCACAUAAUACCAUUUCUAAAUCGGUAAUUAGAGUUGUGAAGAAUAAGUCCGGAUAAUCGAAUAUUCGGAUAAUCGAUGUUCGUAUAAUCGAAUUUCUACUGUACAUAGAUCUAUUCAACUCUAGGUUUGUCUGUCAUAGACAAGAAAUAUUAACAAGUAGAUUUAAUAUUUAUAAACUUUUUCUUCUUUUUAUUUUUAUUAAGGAUUAAUUUUAUAUUUUCAAUAUUGACUCUAUGAAAUGAUUUCACUACUGUGUAAUGUUACUUAAUUAAUACUUGAUCAUUGUUAUUUAUUUUGAGAGAUCUCUGCAUAGACAUGAAUAUUAAUAGAUGUAGCAACUGCACAUUUUUUAUAUGCCAUAUUUUUUGCUGCAAAUAGUACUUGAACUGUUGUUAAAUUUCUCAUCAUAAAAAAAAUAAUUUAUGUCGAACAAAUUUACGUGUAGUUAUCAGAAACUUCCUUAUGGAUGGUACUUUAGGAAAGAUACGGAAAGGGAUUAUUUUUAUGAAACAUCACAGAAAGUCGAAAGGUUAUGGCAUAUUUUUCAAAUAGACUGGUGGCAC